AUGGGAAAAUCUGGGGGUAUUCUGUCUGUCUGGGAUAAAAGUAGAUUUCAGAUCUUGGAUAGCUUAAUUACAGAUAGAUUUAUUUUGAUAGAAGGGAAGUAUGCUCCGCAUGAUUUGUCAUUUUCUGUUAUGAAUGUUUAUGCUCCUUGUGAAGUAUCUGAACAAGUCAUAGUUUGGAGUGCAAUUGUGGAAGUUAGGAGGAAAAAUAAGAAUAGAUGGUUCAUGGUAGGUGAUUUCAAUGCAAUAAGAAGUAACAGCGAGAGAAGCGGGUGUUCUUACAGACAAACAGAGAUUGUAGAGUUCAAUUCGUUCAUAGAGGCUUGUAAUCUAUUUGACAUGCCUUUAUCGGGGAGAAAAUUUUCGUGGUUUGGACCGGGAAAUAGAAAGAGUCGUUUAGAUAGAAUUUUUGUGAAGGAUGAAUGGUUUAAUGAAAAUAGUGAUGAGAGUUGUAUUGAGAUUAUUAAGAAAACAUUGCAGCACGAAAAAGAAGGUGAUGUAGAUUUAAAUGUGAAAUUAAGAAGGGUGAAAGGAGCACUUCAGAAAUGGAAUUUACAGAACUACUGA